UGGCCUUGAAGAGCAACAGAGCUUGAUCUGAACUCCAAGAAGUUCCAUGGAGGACUGUGAAGAACCACGACAGCAGUAAUCACAGAUUCACAGUUAGAGAGAGAGAGAGAGAGAGAGAGAGAAGCUGGUGUACAGUCCGAAGCGAGCGAUGGCGGAGCUUCGGCACUCGAGCUCGAUGAGCGGCCGAUCGGUGUCGUCUCCUAGGAAGCGAGACGACGUAGCGUCCCCAUUGGUCCCCGAGAACCUCCCCGACGACGGCCAUGAUCGUCACUCCAGAGAUCGAUUCCGCUCAUUCUUCUCCACUUUCCAAUCUAUGUUCCCCUUCUUCGGUGUUGACGAUACCAGGUUUCACCCCCAUACUUCCAAGAUCUCACUUUGUCUCCUCCUUCUCGUCCUUCUCGCUGGAUUGAUUUCCGUUUUCUCAAUCCUCAAUCGACUGAAUGCUCCAUACUUGUGCCAAAAAGAUGGCAUUGUCCUUCAGUGUCCUCGAGUUAAGGAGCCUCCUUCACUCUGGGAGAACCCUCAUUCAGCCACCAGCUCAUGGAAGCCUUGUGCUGAGCGACACAAUGGUGUGAUUUCAGAUCUUCCACCUGAGAAUGAAACAAACGGAUAUAUAUUUAUACAUGCCGAGGGUGGUCUAAAUCAGCAAAGAAUUGCUAUAUGUAAUGCUGUUGGCGUGGCCAAAAUAAUGAAUGCCACCCUUAUUUUGCCAGUGUUGAAGCAAGACCAGAUUUGGAAAGACCAAACAUUACAAGCCAAACCAAAACAACAUCAAACCAAGAAAGCAUAUCAGAAGGCUAAACAAUCUAAGCCCUUUCACAAGAUAUUCCAACUGGGUUGUUCACACUGCCACUACUCAAAAAUCAUGAAAUUCGAAGAUAUAUUUGAUGUAGAGCAUUUUAUUGACUACUUGAAGGAUGAUGUCCGAAUUGUUCGUGAUAUCCCCGAGUGGUUUACUGAUAAAUCAGAGCUGUUCACUAGUAUAAGACGGACAGUUAAAAACAUCCCCAAGUAUGCUCCAGCACAAUUCUACAUUGACAACGUCUUGCCUAGGGUCAAGGAAAAGAAGAUAAUGUCCCUAAAACCUUUUGUUGAUCGACUCGGGUAUGACAAUGUUCCUCCAGGAAUCAACAAGCUAAGGUGCAGGGUGAAUUAUCAUGCUCUGAAAUUUCUUCCCCAUAUUGAACAGAUGGCUGAUCUACUUGCAUCAAGAAUGAGAAACCGCACAGGCAGUUCAAAUCCUUACAUGGCUCUCCAUCUUAGAUUCGAAAAAGGGAUGGUAGGCCUAUCAUUCUGUGAUUUUGUGGGAACAAGGGAGGAAAAAGCUUUAAUGGCAUUAUAUAGACAGAAAGAAUGGCCUCGACGGUUUAAGAAUGGUUCCCAUCUAUGGUCUUUGGCCCUGCAAAAGCGGAAGGAAGGACGGUGCCCUUUAGAGCCUGGAGAAGUAGCAGUCAUUCUUCGGGCGAUGGGCUAUCCCAAAGAAACUCAAAUUUAUGUUGCUUCUGGGCAGGUUUAUGGUGGACAGAACCGCAUGGCACCUCUCAGGAACAUGUUCCCAAAUCUUGUCACAAAGGAGGAGUUGGCAAGCAAAGAGGAGUUGGAUGGCUUCAGGAAGCAUGUGACAAGCUUGGCAGCACUCGACUUCUUGGUCUGCUUGAAGUCCGAUGUGUUUGUGAUGACCCAUGGUGGCAACUUUGCGAAACUGAUAAUUGGGGCUCGUAGGUACAUGGGUCACCGGCUCAAGUCCAUAAAACCAGACAAGGGACUUAUGUCCAAAUCUUUAGGGGACCCCUACAUGGGCUGGGCCACCUUUGUGGAAGAUGCUAUCAUCACCCACCAGACACGGGCAGGAUUGCCUGAAGAAACCUUUCCUAACUACGAUCUCUGGGAGAACCCUUUGACUCCCUGCAUGUGUAGAGCCUGACCACGAUAGUUACUCAUUUUUUAAAAUACACUUGAGAAUUGGUCUGUGCAAAGAUUUCUGAGUCUCCCUAUUUCAAUUUUAGGAGAUGGUUGAAUAUUAAUUGGAAAUUGUGUCAGAACAGGUUUGAAGGAGCAGUUUUUUGAUGCCGUCUUUGAAGAUCAUCGGAUACGACACUCUUCCUUUGCAGUGACAACUUACAAUUUUGUAGCUCAUUUUUUUGUGCAUGGCUGAUUAAUGUAAAUUAUGAAUGUGAAUUUUCACAAUGUCCCUAUCAUGAACUUCAAAAUGUCUGGAAUUAUUUGUAUGAUGACUAGUAUGCAUUUUACUUGACUGUAGAAUUGGCAGUUUCUUUGUGUUGCUAA